AUGAAUACGGACCUUCCCGAAGAUGGGGAUCAUCGACUUGACGCCGUCCUUAUAGUCCGGGACGACGAAGCGCCAGAGCCUGCGGAAGAACUUUUCGUUUGCGAUAAAGCGGUAAAAGUAUGGACACGUGCGCAUGAGUUCAUCCAACAAGGUGAGGGUGUUGAGCACGGCGAUCUCGUCCUCACUCUUGAGCCUCUUCCGCAGGGCAAACGCGACGGCCUGGCCGCCGGAGAUCACGGACGCGCCGUGCGAGGUAUGCGCGGCGUCGCCGGUGCGAUCGAGCACGAUGUUGACGAGCUCGAUGCGCUUCCGCUCGCCCUCCUCCUCGGAGAUGCCCGGCUCGGUCGCCUCGUCGACCUUGACGACAACCUUCGUCAGGAACGGGUCCAGGCGCUUGGGCUUGCCGCGCGUGGAGGACCCGGGGAUGGCGCUCGGGAGGAGCGGGUCCGGCGCGUGGCCGAAGGAGUGCGUGCGCGGUGCCGCGACGCCGCGGCGCGAGUUGAACGUGCCCGUCGUCGCGGACGUGCGCGCGCGCGUCGGCGAGAAGUCGCGCACGGAGUAGGUCGCCGAGCGGGGGAGGUCGCGGCCGCUCAUUGUUGGUCGCGGGGGUGGGCUGAGGGGUACGGCGGGGGGACCGUUGGGUCGGUGGAGAGUACUUGUGGACGGAAUUCAAGUCGCAUUUAG